AUGACAACCACCGUGCAAACCACCACCAACACCCUCAUCAUGGACCGGUGUUGCACGUCGGCCGCAACCGUGUCGGUGCCCUCGAUAGUCGUCGACAAGGGCCACAGACGAGUUUCCUCUUUGGAGGUCGCAAACGGUGCAAGUGCAGCCACCAUAACAAAAACAUCAGAAAAUACCGACAAACAGACACAGAAACCGCCGUCGCCAACCUCAGGUAACUCGCUGGCGCCACCAACCAAACGCAUGGCCCGUCCCCCGCUUAAGCGGGUCCAUUCGUCCCCCUCGGACGUGGUCAGAUCACCCUCGAGACACCACAUGCGUCUUAUUUCCACCACCCCCAAACUCAUCAAGGAGACCCUGGACGCGUCCUACCAUGAAGAUGAGACCGGAAAGACGCUCAACAACUACCUGAUUCAGGAAGAAAUCGGAGCUGGCGCGUUUGGAACGGUAUACAGAGUGGUCGAUACUACGACCCAGGAGAAGUUCGCCAUGAAGUCAUACUCCAAGGCCCGUCUACGAAAAAUGAACCAAACGGAAUGGAUGCAGCUGCGUCGAAAACUCAUGCGAACCAAAGACCCCGUGGAGCAGAACAAAAUCAAGGAAGCUCUGGAGUCCUUCACUUCCAACCCCCUCAACCUCAUUCGACGAGAAAUCGCCAUUCUCAAAAAACUCGACCACCCCAACAUUGUCAACCUCGUCGAAGUGCUUGACGACCCCCACGGAGACUCUCUCUACAUGGUGAUGGACUGGUGCCACGGCGUUCUCAUGCAUUCAGAGGAAACGGAUGGAAGCAAAAACCCCAAAUAUACGGAGGAGCAGUGUCGACUGUACUUCCGAGACAUGAUUCUGGGUAUCGAAUUUCUGCACUCGCAAGGAGUCAUUCAUCGGGACAUUAAGGCUGACAACAUGCUGCUGAGUGAAGACGACAUUCUGAAGAUUGCGGAUUUUGGAGUCUCAGAAAUGUUUGAGAGUGAAAACGAUACAGUUCUAAGGAAGGCCGGUAGCCCAUCGUACAUGGCUCCCGAACUCGCUCUCAUCACCUCUCCUCAUUGUCUCGAGCGAGCAUCCCAGGUAGGAGUUACCUUGGGCUCCGCAGUGAGUGGCCGUGCCGCAGACAUUUGGUCAAUGGGCGUGACUCUGUACUUCAUGCUCUACGGAAAACUUCCCUUUGCAUCCGAGUCCAUUUCUGACCUCUGUGAGCAAAUCAUCUUCAACGAAGCCCCUCUACCCGAGGGAACUUCUGAGGAGCUUGUUGACUUGUUCCAGGGUCUCUUGGCCAAGAACCCGGCCGAGAGAAUGACCAUGGCCGAGCUUCGAGAGCACGAGUGGGUCAACACAUUUGGAGAUGACCCUCUCGUUGAAAAAGAAGAGAAUAUUGGAGACGGAAUUCCUGCUGUGACCAAGCAGGAUCUGGCAGAGGCGUUUGAGCGAAUUGCGGCCGACAGCGCAAACGAGGGCGUGGACCAUUCAUCCGCUUUCUCAAAGCUCAAGCGUAUCUACGGAUGGAGAGGAACAGGCGAGGAUGACGACGUCCUUUCAUCAUUCUCCACCUCUACAGCUGAUACUCCAUCAGAGCCCAACGUGACUGUUCCUCAGAGCAUGGCAUCUUCGUUGGAGUCGUCUCUGAAGAAGACACGCAACCUCCCUUCGUCCAUGAAGACUACUACGGACGAGAAGUUUGCCCUCCACAAACUCAACAUGGCGCUCGAUGAAAUUGUGCAGGAACAACGGAAACGAGACGUCAAGAAAAUCGAAGGUCCUCCACCCCAACUCAAGAUCAAGGAUCAAGAAGAGCCCAAGAUUGCUUCCAUGAGCAGCCACAUCACUGCCGAGCCCGAGAGUGAUACCAGUGAGAAGUUGGAGAGACGACCCUCUCGAACUAGAGUCAGAAAGAUUUUGGGUCUCGAGGCAAUGACUGCCGUUCGAUCGAGAUCGCUAGAUACUGACGACCGCAUUUGUUAG